CCCUCUUAAGUGCCUGAACGAAAAUACUGAGGAGACGCGACUCCUGUUCAUUGAUUAUAGUUUGGAUUAAAAUCUGAUUUCCACGGGGACAGAAAUGCUCUGACAGCACGUCCAGAAGGCGCCUGUUUUCCUGUGAGAUUGGCUGCUUCUCUUCUCCAUGAGGAGAACCCCGGCUUGUCUCUGGGCUCAGGGCUCGUGCCGUCUGUCCCGGCACCGCCUGCCCUUUAGAACCGGUCCGGUCCAAACCUACGCUUCUCUGCAGCAGCCUGGGCCUCCUUCGCCCUCCACUCCCCCCCCUGAGAAUAGAGGUGGAGCCGAGGCAGUGAAGGAGCGCGUCCUCUCUGCCUUCCAACAUGCGGGCGCUUUGGGGCGGCGGUGGAGUCAGAGGUCGGCUCAGGCGGCCUCAGCCACCGUCAAUCACUGGUGGGGACGGUACGAGGAGUUUGUGGGACUCAACGAGGUCCGAGACGCUCAAACCAAAGUGACCGAGGCUGAGGCGGCGUUCAUGGUGGCCAGGGGCAUCGUGCGGGAGGCGCAUGGCAGCUUGGAGGCCCUGCAGGGCCGGCUGAAGGAGGUCAGAGACCGGCUGGACAGGGUCUCUCGGGAGGAGGCGCACUACCUGGAACUGGCAACGCUGGAGCACAAGCUGCUGCAGGAGGAGCGGCGACUCCGGACGGCGUACGAGAGUGCAGAGGGCUCGGAGAGGGAGAAGUUCUCCUUGUUCUCAGCAGCCGUCAGGGAGAGCCACGAGAAGGAGAGGACGAGGGCGGAGCGGACCAAGAACUGGUCCGUCAUCGGCUCGGUGCUGGGAGCGCUGAUCGGCGUCAUGGGAUCGACGUACAUCAACCGCGUACGGCUCCAGGAGCUGAAGAACCUCCUCCUGGAGGCUCAGAAAGGUCCCGAGAGCCUGCAGGAGGCGCUCAAAGUCCAGGCUGGAAACCACCGCUCCCAGCAGGACGAGCUGCGCUCGCUCAUCGACAGUCUGAAGGUCGCUCUGGCGGACGUGUUCACGUGGCGGGACGGCGUUUCUCCACAGAGGUUGGGCCCCCCCGCAGAGCCUCCUGCUGCUCCUCCUCUGGCUUUGAGGGACCUCGGCGUCAGCAGCCAGAGGAGUCUGUCCCUGCUGGAGUCGCUCCCGCCACAGCUCGGCCGGCUGGAGCGAGGCCUCGGGCGGGUUGAGGGCGGCGUGUCCGCCGUCAGAAGACUCCUGGAGACCAAACCACAAACGGAAACGCAGACAGUGGUUCAGGCUGGGGGUCUGCAGCUGCAGGGGGAGGGGCAAAGGGAGGCGGAGACGGCGGGGAGGAGUCUGGCGGAGGCUCAGAGCAUGCUGGGAGAAAAGAUCAGGACCAACACUUUCUACACUGCGGUGUUCACCUACACGGCGUCAGCCAUCACUGUCUCUGCCGUCUACCUGCUGCUCAGAGGAUCGUGAGGCGGGAACACAGCGGGAUUAUAAUCCAAGGAACUUCAGUGCCUAUAGCUCCUCCCCCUCCUUCUCCCACUUAACACUUUGAUGGAAAUUUUUUUCCGAUCUGAUCUCAAAAUAAGGAUCUGUUUAAGGAUUUUUCUGAACACGAGCAGAUUUUAAGACGAGUGCCUGGAUUAUCGGACAAAACCAUCGGCCUUUUCGGCCAAUGAGCCGCUGACCUUUGAGGAACCCGACCUGCCGAUGAUCGUCAGAGCAGAACAUGGAUGCAACCAUGCGUUUAUGCAUAUAGGAUGAAAAUGAGAUGCAGAGACACGCCUCUGUUUUAUCUUAAUGUUAUUGACACUGAUGAUGAAGAAGAAUAAAUGACUGGAAAUCUCAUGUAGCACCUAAAA